AUGGGGUCUCUGAAGGCACUACAGGAAUGGUGUAGAAUACAAUGCGAAAACUACAAUGAUGUCGACAUAAAGAACAUGUCAACGUCUUUCAGGGAUGGCUUAGCGUUUUGUGCCAUCAUUCACAGACACAGACCGGAUUUGAUAGACUUUGACUCCCUCUCUAAAGAAAAUGUCUACGAAAACAACCGCCUGGCAUUCGAGGUGGCUGAGACCGAGUUGGGCAUUCCUGCCUUGCUGGACCCAGAGGAUAUGGUGUCCAUGAAAGUGCCUGACCGGUUAAGCAUCAUCACAUAUGUGUCCCAAUACUACAACUUUUUCACCAAUAAGUCUAACGCCAACCCGCCCUCGAUGAAGAGGCCAGGGGGCACAGGUCACAGUGAACCAGCGGUGAAAAGACCUGUUGCCUCCGUUGAGAACAAGGGGGCAGCGCCUGAGAUGGGCACUGAGGUUACAUCCAAACGCAGCACUCUGAGCAGCACCUGUGCGGCGUGCGGGAAGCAUGUUCACCUAGUGCAGAGAUACCUCAUUGAUGGAAAGCUCUACCACCGAAACUGCUUCAGAUGUAGAGAAUGUAGCAGCACGUUAUUGCCAGGCUCUUAUAAACUCACCGGAGAAGGGGGGUCUCUCGUCUGCACGCACCACUUUGCAAAGUCCUCCGCGGUCAAUCAGAAUGGUCGUCCGGAUCUCAGUAAACAAGCUGAAUCAGCAGUAGUUGAAAUGGGGAUGGCCACAUCGCCUGAAACCCCUCCGAAUAGGAUGGAACAAGAAACAACAGCCCCUAGUGUAGCUGAGAACAAUGGACAAGCCACUCCGUCAGUAUUGCAAGUCAGUAUUUCAGACUCUUUAGAAAGCGAGAGAAAGACAGAGGUAACGGAGAAAGGAGGGGACCUGGACGUCAGUGUGACAGAGGGGACUAAGCCAAGUCCCUCCACCCCUCCAAAUCCAUUCGACGAAACUGAUGAAGAGGGAGCGGAGGAUGAAGAACAGGAAAAGGAAGAGGGUGCCCAAAAGCCCGCUGCAGAUGUGGCCAAUGGUAGCCUGCCUCCCGCGCCAGUAAGUCACGAGAAUAAACCAGUGCCUGCACCUCGACGCGUUUCUGAGCCAUCCCCUCAACCACGCCCAGUCCCCAGACCCCGCCCACCAAGGAGGACACAGAGUCCAACCGUGAACGGAGAUUCUCCUGAACGGAGACGCUCUGUCCCCGUGCCUCGUGAAAGAUCUCACUCCCCUGGAAGUUCUAGCCAAUCCGGUGACACUCCCAAACCAAAAGACCCUCCCUGGCUAGCGCUUGUUCAGUCAGAGCCUAAGAAGAGGCCAGCCCCACGUCCUCCCAAAAGUCUAGCCUCGCCUCCAAGCGCUGGAUCUGUUCCCUCAGUGAAAGUGGAGGAGUCCCGGCCAGCCACACCCCCACAAUCCACCAAUCCCUUUGAGGACGAGGAUGAUGAGGAGGAGGAGACAGAACCUGUUGAGAGUUCAGCUCCACCCUCUGUGGUUAUAAGCCACCCCUGGUAUGGGAUAACGCAGACAGCUGAUGCAACCAAUCCCAACACUCCCUCCAGCAGAGUUAGCCCCGCCCCCUCUGCUAGUCCAGGAAGUGGCAGGAAGAAACGGCCAGCACCCAGAGCUCCACAGACGACCCCUUCAGCCCUUCCUCAGUCUCAGUCUUCCUCUGCCUGUCCCUCUCCAGCUCUCAGCACAGAGAGCCUCUCCUCCUCUUCCUCAGAGCUAGGCAGGGCUCAGGUCCCCACGUCCGCCGAGCAAGAACACCGUUUCACCAAGAGCGUGUCUGAGCCAUCCAUCAGCGAACCCUCUUCGGGCGCCGCUCCUUCUUCUGAGCCGAAACCUCACCCCUCGCCGAGCCCCGCUCCGCCACAAGCACCCACCAACACCAGCUCCGCCCCCUCCACUCCGCAGACCAAUCGGAGCGCUGGGACGAGAGCGCCACGGCCGCCGCCCCCUCGUCCACCGACGGCCCCCAGCCCUCUAGCACAGUUGGGUACACCUACCGCUCCGCCAUCCGCUUCCCAAAACAAGCGUACCUGCAAGGAGAAUCCGUUUAACCGUAAGGCAUCCCCCUCCCACACGCCAGCGUCGUCCAGGCCCCCGAAAGGUCCUCGCCCGGCCCGGCCCCCCGCCCCUGGUCACGGCUUCCCCCUCAUCAAACGGAGGGUUCAGUCAGACCAGUACAUCCCUGUGGAGGACAUCCAUGUGGAGAUGGGAGAGCUGGAGAGGCAGUUGGAUGAACUGGAGCAGAGAGGAGUGGAGCUGGAGAAGAAACUCAGAGAUAGUCCCAACGAUGAGGAAGAGGAGCGUCUGUUAGUGGACUGGUUCACUCUCAUUCAUGAGAAACAUCUACUGGUGCGAAGAGAGGCUGAGCUGGUCUAUACAGCCAAGCAGCAGAAUCUGGAGGAGAGGCAAGCAGACGUGGAAUACGAACUGAGGUGCCUCCUUAAUAAGCCAGAGAGAGAGUGGACUGAGGAGGACAGAGCCAGGGAGAAGGAGCUGAUGGCGGAGUUGGUCACCAUCAUUGAGCAGAGGAACCAGAUCAUCAACAGUAUGGACCAGGACAGGCAAAGAGAAGAGGAAGAAGACAAGCUCUUGGCUGCUAUGUUAAAGAAAAAAGAGUUUCAUGGGGACAGCGAGAAGAAGAAGCCAGGCAAGUUCAAACCCAUUAAGGUGCUGAAGAAGUUGAAGGGAGAGGGAGCUAAGGGUGGCAGCCCUCGUAAGGACAAGAGCUGA